UCCAAAAUAUUCGGAAUACUUUUGUUGUGAUCCUUACUAAUUGCUUUUCCUUCCGUGUUUUGAUGAGAACAGCAACCGAUUUAGAAAUUGAUGAUUAAUGUCAAUGAAUUAUGUGACAGGAAUAUAUUUUAAAAAUGAAAUUUAAUGCACUUAUUUUUCGCCUUUUAUACGUUCUGCUGAUAUCUCCAGUAAGUGGAAACAUCCAGAAUCAAUUAAGAUAUUUUGAAACUCUGAAGACAACAGACUUUACACACAGGGUCAAAAGGUCAUUAGAUCCCAAUCCUCACAGUUCGGCACACAUUACAGAGGUGACAGUCAACACCCUCGGAAGACAGUUUCAUCUAUACCUUAAGCCAUCAAACAUCCUGUCUUACGGGUUUAAGGCUUCAAUUGUCCGAGGUAAUGGCAAGUCAGAACCUUUCUAUUUAAACGGAGGAUCACUUUUCACUGGAAAUGUUGCAGAUGAUGAAAGUGCUAUAGCAAAUGUGAAUUAUGAUGAGAACGGAGCAAUUCUUGCCAACAUCGUUACUAAAGAUGAUACGUAUGUUAUUGAGCCAUCCUGGAGAUUAUUGCCAGAAUCUGAUAACCACACAAUGGUGUCAUAUAGAAAAUCUGACAUGAAAUUUGAAUAUGCUGAUAAUGGACAACACAUACAUCCUGUAUGUGGCAUUAAAGAAGGGAAUGAGGACGAUGAGUUACAUGGUAGAGUAGAAGUGGAACAACAUGAAUCUCACAGAUACAAGCGCGAGACGUCACCAUAUCUUGCCGAGAGAACAACUUGCCAGUUGAUGGUCGUUGCUGACUACAUGUUCUACAGACAUAUGGGAGGAUCUUCAGCUAGAGCCACCGCCCUUUAUCUAAUUAACGUGAUACAGUUUGUGAACACAAUUUAUCGCCACACACAGUUUGACCAGUCCUCUAAUUCUAUGAUAGGCGUAGGGUUUGAGAUUGGAGAG